GAGAGAGAGAGAGAGAGAGAGAGAGAGAGAGAGAGAGAGAGAGAGAGAGAGGAGAGAGAGAGAGAGAAGAUGGACGGAGGAGUGGGAUCGUUCGGAGCGGGCCGGUCCGGGUCCACUAUCGACCCGAUUACCUUCGCCAAACAGCCGCAGACCAUCCUCAGAGUGCUUUCCUGGAUAUUUUCCCUGGUGGUCUUUGCCUCCAUCGUGAACGAGGGCUACGUCAACCUGGGCAGCGAGCGCCUCCACUGCGUCUUCAACAGGAACGCGGACGCCUGCAACUACGGCGUGUUCGUGGGCCUGGUGGGCCUGCUGGCCUGCUCCUUCUUCUUCAUGCUGGACUACAAGUUCUCCUCCAUCAGCUCCGUCAAGGACAGGAAGAAGGCCAUAAUGCUCGAGAUCGGCUUCUCGGGCGCCUGGACCUUCCUGUUCUUCGUAGGUUUCUGCUUCCUGGCCAAUCAGUGGUCUGAAACCACGGCCGACGAGCUGCCACUCAACCAGGGGGCGGACGCGGCCCGGGCGGCCAUCGCCUUCUCCUUCUUCUCCAUCAUCACCUGGGCCGGGCUGACGGUGCGUGCGGUCCAGAAGUAUCUGCUCGGCACCGACAUGACUCUGUUCACCACGGAGCACAUGGACGGCGGCGCCCCCACCCAGCCGUACCCCUCCAACUCGCCCGUAGGCGUCACCGCCGAGGCCUCAGAGACCUACCAGAGCCCGCCUUUCACCGAGAGCAACGCGGCGCCCACCUACCAGGUUCCCAUUUACUAGACGGGGCGGCGGACGCGGAAGGUCGGGAGACGGAUGAGAGGAAAGUGACAGAAAAUGUGCUUUCUGUGAUGUUUCACCUGCAGUUGUUCUGGGCUGAGUUUUCAAUUGUAGAGAAAAGAGAGAAAAAAGGCCUCUUGUUCUUUGUUCCCUCGUCUCGUUCCCUUUCCUUCCUUCCUCAACACUCUGCACCUCUCUUGCCCUGUAUAUUAAACUCGAAUCGUUCUCAAAUCCAGCGUCCUCUUGUGUGAGAGGAAAACAAAAAAAGAGGGGAAUAUGAGAAAUUUAGACAAAAAAAAACCCCAAAACAAAACAGAGAUGAUGAGAUUUAGGAUUCCGCCUCCGAGUGUUAAGUCAAAAAGAAUAGUGCAGAAUGCACUCACACACAGCACCUCCAUCCCAUUCUCUCGUUCAUCUAAGUGUGCAAAUGUCAUGGCCAACAGUACGGGGAAUGAUGUAUGUUUUGUUGCUACAGUGCGGUCUGGUCUGUUAAAAAGUGAAGAUGUGUGUCGAAUCUGCAUGUUUCCGAACUUGGAGAUCGACCAAGUGCCAUGCUGUGCUGUGUGUCUCAGACAGUGACUUCAUUUCAGUAGAUUUUCACAUGCCGGAAAAACAACAAUGACUAAGUGCAAUAUCUCACAUUGUCACGUAGGUCUGUGGGAAGGUGUUUACUGUACUGCAGGUACACCAACCUCGGGCACUGUCUCAAAUCACUUGCACCAACAAAUCUCGGGCAAAUUUCAAAACGAAAAAUAGUGGAUCUGACUUUGAGCUUUCCUGGUGAACGUUUGCACGAUGUAGAAGUUGUAUCUUAAUCAAACAGAUCUUUUCACAUUUAUUGUUUCGCAUUUAUAUAAAAUAAGUAUUGGUUUGUAUGGUCUUCCUUGACGUAAUGUAAGAAUUGUUUUAAAAGAGGGGCCAGACAUUUUCCAGGUUUAUCAAAAGGUAAAUCAAAGUUAUUUUUCUGUGCCAGAUAUGAAUGGGUUACUGGAAGGGCCAAACAGCCGCAAAAAGAUCACAAAGCAAAAGAGACAAACAACGACCAUAAAAGAGACAGAAGAAAGACUCAAAAUGACCACAAAGAGAUGCAAAACAACUAGAAAGGGACACAAUACCCACCAUAGAGGUGGGGGGCUUUGCGUGUGCGCGCUCAGGGGCCCUUAACCCGUCCCACGGGACCAGGGAAUGUGUGUAGUCCGUGAUAUGAGACAGUGUCCUCGGUUGCGUGUUUGUUUACGUUUUUUAGAAGCUGCAAAACUGCCCUGUGUCCUUAUCGGUGUCUUCUGUCACAUUACGACUGUGUUGUUUUAUGUGAACACAAACCAUGGAGGGGGGGGGGGGAGUUAUUGGGGGUUUAGUGCAGUCAGAGGCGGAAGAAAGACCUUAAUGGAUCGCUCUGGCCGGCUAAUUCAUCGAUCCUGCUGUUCUGCCUCCGCGGGAGGCCGGUUCUGGAUUUGUUGCCAUGGUAACGGGGACACGGUCGGGUGGACAUUGGUCACUGACAGGCCCGCGUCGUGUGAACCACUGUAGUUUUAGUGUGUGUGUGUGUGUGUGAGUGAGAACGUGUAAAGCGUGCAGGCGAGCCGCGUUGGGGGGGGGGAUGAGGAUAAAUGUCCAGUAAGUUCAAAUUUGUGGUGCAGAAAAGUUAUUUUCCUGAACACGCGUUUAAGUUCAAUCGUUUCCACUAAAACAAAACGUCCUUCUGCUGAAUAUAUUAUCAGCGUUAUCAGAGCAGAGAAGCUCUGCAGCAACGGGACAAGAGUCCUAAAGUAAUCAUGGAAAUAAUGCAUGGAACUGUUGUAUAGAUCUCGUAUGUUGAAUACUACGUCAUUCUUAAAGUCGACUCGUUGUUUCUGCAAAAUGUGAGCGGCCAGCCAGACUUUAUGCCCGAACUCUCUGUUCAUCCGACGAUGUUAUCUCGACCUCACGAUCGAGCCGGUCACACGCACACACGUGUGCUGCAGGGUGGAACCAUGGCUCUUUACCUGCCGUCUGAAAUCAUAAUCAGGGGAUAAUGCAGAUUAUGGAUGCAGUCAAAUGGAUAUGAGGCCAAUUUCUGUCUGCUGCAGUCUGAGUAUUAAAAUGAUUAAGAUCAUUUUAGAGUCUUGGAAACCAAAGUUAACCAAUCGGUUGAGGACUUCAAGCACGACUUUUUUUUUUUUACAAAAAUAUUUUAUUCACCGGACUGUGCCAGCAUAGUUAUGUGAGUAUAUGAUCUGAACUUGGGAUGAAACUGUAAAAUUUCCUUUUAGGAUUUUGGUUCAGGAAAAAAAUCAGAAUGAGUGUUAAAUACUUUCAGGUAUUGUUUGGUACCAGUAAGUGUAUUUAAUAACAAAACAUUUGAUUCAUCCUCAUAUGAUGUGAAUAUAAAGACAUUCUCCACGACAGUGAACUCACCAUAAAGUCACCAUAAAGAAGGAAAAGAGAAACCAAAAUGUGAAAGUAAUGCCAGUCAGUUUCUAUAAAUCUGCUAGUAACCUGUUGACUGUAAUGAGGUGAAACCGGGUUAUUGAUGGUGGUAUUGGGUACUGCUGGGGUACUACUGGGUAAUUUGGGGUACUGUCAGGUCAGGUUGUAUUAUUAUUCUCAGUGUUUCGGUCUCUUCUGUGGUAGAUGAUAAUAAAAAUACAAGCAUUCUCUAUGUUUUGUGCUCUGGCCUAUGUGCACUACCGUGGUAUUGGUUGUAAAGUUCAGUACGUUAUUGAAGUAAAUGGAACCUGUGUGUGAUGCUGUCUAAGGUCUGGUUUGUCCUGUACUACUGAACAUAUAAAAACAUAAAUAAUGAUUAUUUAUUAACUAGAACGAGCUCUCUGUUGGAAAUACUUUGAUCGCUCUGAACGGGGCCGCCGGCACCAAAAUCAAAGUUUGUGAUUUCAUGCUGUUGUUUAGUUAGACUGAGAUUAUAAAAAGGUGAUCGAUAUAAUACAUUGCAUGAAUGUUACAAUUUCUCCCCCAUAUAAUAUUAAUGAAAAUGUAUCCCCCCUGUCAUCGACCAACAAAUCAAGCAAACAUUGAUUUCCAGAGUGCUGUUUCCUCUGAGCUCUUUAUGUUCUGAAGGUGUACAGAGAUGUGUGUCACCGUCUAAUACCUGGAUGUCUGUGGGCUGCAGUCUGACUCCAAUAAAAGACAAAACAUGC